AUGCGCUUCUCAUCUUCUAUCGCGGCCUUUGUUGCCCUCGCUGGAGUCUCCUCAGCAAACCCCAACGGCUGGUCCAAGACCAAAGAGGCGCCAGAUAGCCCCAAGAAGCUGGACGACUGCGGCUGCUGGCCCAUUUAUCAGGCUAUGCUGCGGUGCCAAAAGCUCAAGGGCCCCAACGCCAACACCGACGACUGCGUGUGUAUCGAGAACCCCGACGGCUGGUACACUUCCAUGGAUGGUUGCCGCAACUGUCUCACAUUGGACUCGGAUGAGGAGUUCUUUGAGAAUAUGUCUUAUCUUGUUACGCAGUUGUUUGUCUCGUGUACCAACGCAGGAGGCGCUGUGACUAGCGAUGGAAACAGUAUCUGCGCCAGCAACUACUACCGUGAAGCGUGUGUGUCGCUCGGCACACACGGAAAACCUAGCUGGGCCAGCUACGAGGUGUUUAAUUCGGACACAAAGGGUAACUCGUCAUACGUUCUGGACAUCUCAGAGUAUGGCGCCGAUGAGUCUACCUCCGCAUCUACCAAGAGCACGGCUGUAAAGACGACAACAGCCACAACAGUUGCCAUUACCGCUAGCACCGACGAGACUUCGACUUCUACUGUCACCACUACUGCAAGCACUGGAGAGUCUUCUCCAACUGGCAGCGCCACAUCAGAUGACGCCUCAGGUUCUCAGACAGCUGCUGCAUCGGCUUCCACGGUCCCGUCCUCAGCUAUGAGGCUUACAAGUACAAAGACAGUGGCAGGUUUUAUCGGAGGUAUGAUGAUGGCUGUGGUAGUUGGUGGUUUGCUCUAA